AUGUGCAUUGAAUUUGCUUUCAAGAAGGCUGGUAUUCCCAUCGUCAGAAACUUCCUUCACUCAACUGAAGGAGUCAUUUAUGGUCUUCCUCAAAGAGUUCAAAGAAACUUAGCCAUUAACUACACUGUUAAAUAAUACAAGGAAGGUAAAGCUGUUAGCGCAAAAACAAUUAAGACCCUCCAAGAAGCUUUCCCUAGCAAGGGUGACACUAAGUGA